ACAGACGCGCAGUUCGCUCGCGCACGGGGAGGCGACCGCCCUUGUGAGCUGCGCACGAGUAACGGUGCCGGGCGGAGGUAGCCGUUACCACAGUUCGCUUUAGAGAGAAAGGCGACGGGGGGCGGGGGGGAGCGAGAGACAGCCAGAGAAGAAGAGCGAGUGUGUGUGUGUGCGUGCGUGCGAGGCAGAGGGCUUAAAACACACACAAAAAGAAAACUUUCCGCUAGUGUAUCCGCUCUACGCAUCCCCUCUCUCUUCACCCCCCUUGUGCGCGCACCCACGCGUGCGUGCGUGCGUGGCUGCGCGGGUCUGUUUCGAGAUGACGCUAAACAUGAACGCAUCGUGAGCUACCGCUCAGCUUAAUUAACUCGCUCCGAAAGCGUGCCUGCCCUCUUUUUUGUACCGUUGUUAUUUUGUUCAUUAAUUAUUCGGGGUUGCUUUGCGUGCGUGUUGAUAGUGCGCGGCUGGCCUCCGUGCGAGCCGGCUUCAUCACGAGCGAACUAGCGAGCGAGCGUAACGUAAGGAUACUCGUUGGUGUUAGUAACUCUGAGCUAUAGUGGGGCGGGCAGGCGGGCGGGGGAGAGUACAAAACAGGCAGGGCAACAGCACGGACGCAUCCCCGUCCGAGGCUCUGCUGUAUUUAAAUGAGUUUGGCAAGCGGAGCGGGGCGCGGUCAACGCGAGUGAUCUGCAGGGCGGCGGCAGCAACGGUGGGCGAGAGGGGUGGGUUAGGUGGGCGAGUGGGUGGGAGGGUUAGUGGUUGAGGUGGUUGGUGGUGGUGGUUGGAGGUAGCUGUGUGCUGGGAACACCGAGCGCAGCAGCUUCCGAGAGCUGAGAAAUGCUCCGAGUUUUAUCAAUGAAGCAACAGCCGAUCAUGGCGGAGGGACCGAGGUGUAAGCGACGAAAGCAAGCCAACCCGAAGAGAAAAAACGUGGUGAGCUUCGAGAACGUGGUGAUGCGAGAGUGUGACCUGGAGGAGGAUGAUGACCGGCUGCACAUCGUGGAGGACGUGGAGGACCAGGAGGACGAGGAUGACGAUGAUGAUGGGCGCGUGGGGAUGAACGACGGCCAGAGCGAAACGGCCGAUGGUGGCGGUGAGCCCAGCCCUUCGCAACCAGCCGAGAUGGCCCCUCUGGUCAGGAGGAGGGGCCGGAGGAGAAAGGGAAGCUUCAACUCAGAUGAGAAGGACCAUGCUGACCAUGAGGACGUGAAGGAUCAAAGUGAUGGCCUGGGGCUUGAAAAUCUACUUCUGUCCCAAGUGGAGCCAGCGGUCCCAUCGGAGGAGACCCAGGCUGGGCCACACGAGGCAGAGAAGGAGUUGGAGGCGGACGCGGUGGAGGCGGAGGGCGAGGACGAGGAGGCCAUGGUGGGUGGCAGCCCGGGAGCCACCGCCCCCGUUGAGGGAACCCUCGCCGAGUUCCUGCAGCGGCACGACACGGCCAUCAUCUACCCCGAGGACCCCGAUGAGGUGUCCGGAGGGAUGCCAGGAACGCCCGAGACUGGCGUGCGAGAUGACAACGGGACGCCAGACGCGUUCGCAGGGCUCCUCGCCUGCCCCUACUGCAACCGGGGCUACAAGCGGCUCAGCUCCCUGCGAGAGCACAUCCGCUACCGGCACGAACGCGCCAUCAACGACACCGCCGGCGGCCUCGCCGACAGCCACAAGCAGCAGCGUGCCCAGAGUCAAUCGCAGAGCACUGGGAACCGGAAAUUUAAGUGCACAGAGUGUGGAAAGGCCUUCAAGUACAAGCACCACCUGAAAGAGCACUUCCGCAUUCACAGUGGUGAGAAGCCAUACGAAUGUCCCAACUGCAAGAAGCGUUUCUCCCACUCGGGAUCCUACAGCUCUCACAUCAGCAGCAAGAAGUGCAUCGGGGCUCUGCCAGCCAAUGGCAGGACACACGGGGGCAGAGCGGGGGCUUCCGCACAGGUGUCCGCAGCUUGCCUUUCCCCUUCCGGCUCCCCGGCCGCUUGCAGCAGCCCGCCCUCGGAGAGCGCGCGACUCGUUUCCACGGCAAGCGCCGUGACCACCGCCAGCUCGGACCUGCACAGAGGCGUGCAGGUGAAGGCGGAGCCGGUGGACUACCCCAACGGGGACUAUCGCGCCAUGGUGGUGAUGGCCUCGCGGGGGCUGUCGGGACUCGCCCCCUUUCUUAACGGCGGCAUCCGGGCGGCUCACUGCCUCGGCGUCCCGCAUUAUGUGGCCACCGCGACCGCAUCCGGGGCAAAGUCCGGCGCGCGCAAGACGCCCGAGGUGGCGUACGACCCGUCGCUCGAAAAGCGCAACGGCGACUUUCGAGGCUCGAACGGCAGUGGCGAGAUGUUCAAGCGGGAGAACUACUCGACGACGACGACUGCCUCUCCGCCCCACAUGUCCGGCGGCGGUAGUGCAGCGGUCGUGGCGAAGAGUGCAGAAGACCCCGCGCGCAUGGAAGAAGACCACGAGAAUUGCACGCAAAGUGACGCGGAGGAAACCGGCCGGAUGACUGUCAAGAUAAAGACCGAAGCCGCAGAACCUGAGAGCCAUUUGCCGGUGACCAGAGAGAGGCCCUGCUAUGCCUGCCAGUUCUGCAGCGAAUCGUUCGCAGGCCCCAUUCCUCUCCACCAACAUGAGCGCUAUCUGUGUAAGAUGAACGAGGAAAUUAAGGCCGUCUUGCAGCCAUCGCCACCACAUUCCACUUGUCCCACACCCAAGAAAAAGACAAAGAACUCAAUCACCUCACACACAGCUGGAAAAGCAUUGGUUGGAGGCUGCCAUGUGCCCACUAUUGAUGACCAGCUCGCAUUGCUGAAGUCAUACCUCUACGCUCGAAACAUCGAACCAAGCCCGGAGGAGCUCAUAAAGAUUUCUCUAGCCAUGAGCCUCCCGGGUGAUUUGUUGCGGCAAUGGAUGGACAAGAAAGGACCAGUGACAGAUGCUGUACCCAGCUACUGCACAUCGGGAAGUUCUCCAUCGUACAACAUCCAGGAGGCAUCACAGAGCCAUUCUCCAGCCAGGCAGGGUGUGGGCAGCAGGGGAAGCAGCCCGCUCCAGCGCUCCGGAAUGUUCUUGCCGAGCAGUGAUGGCAUUCCAGCAGCCACAGCACCGACGUCAUCCCCGCACGGAGGGAGCGCGUGCGUGAGAAACGGCCACCCCAAUGGCCUGACCAACGGGCUGCAGGAUCAGUGCGAGCCACUCGACCUGUCCGUGCCAAAACUGAGCCAGGUGAAGAGGAGGGGCAAAGAGUCCCCCCCCAGCCACCGUUUGGGUGGCCACGGUGGAGAAGAGCAGCCGUUAAACUUGACAACCGGCACAGGCGUUUCCAAGUCAGUGUUAAACUCCUUUCAUAGUUUGAAGACCUCGCCGAGCCACAGCACCGAUGAUCUUCCAGAGAAUAAGCCUGUUAUAAGCGUGGCAUCCGUAGCAAGCUAUGCUCCUGGUGGUCAGGUGUUCACGGGCUUUCCCCCACCUCUGGGCUUAAUGCCGACGCUCCACAUGGGCUUUCCAGGGCUGGGGCAUUAUGGAGGGAUGGACACAGGUUCUUUUCUUCCGAGAAUCCCGCCCUAUGGAGGCUUGGCAGAGGCAGCAUCCUUGACUGACGGACAAGACAGAAGAGGCCUGCAGAGACGACACCUCACACAGGCGGAUUCGCCAGAAGAAGGCAUGGGGAGUCCUUUGGGCUCAGAUGAGGUGACGGACUCCGAGUCGGGUCUCUCUGUGCGCAAGCGUCAGAAGAAAGGGGAGAGUGCACUGGGGGGCUCGUACUCCUGUGACCUGUGCGACAAAACCUUUCACAAGAGUAGCUCGCUGCUGCGGCACAAGUAUGAACACACGGGCAAGCGUCCGCACCAGUGCGACGUGUGCAACAAGGCGUUCAAACACAAGCACCACCUCAUCGAGCACUCGCGCCUGCACUCGGGGGAGAAGCCCUACCAAUGCGACCGUUGUGGCAAGCGCUUCUCGCACUCGGGCUCCUACUCGCAGCACAUGAACCACCGCUACUCCUACUGUCGGCGCGGAGAGGGCGACCGGGAUGGCGAGCCGAGCAUUAUGGGAUUGGAGCGAAGCAUUAUGGGAGAGGAGCGCAGCAUGCUGGGGGAGGAGCAAGGAAUUGUGGGAGAAGAGCUGGGCAUUCGGGGAGCGCAAGAGGAUGCCUCGGUGGUGGAGGAUGCCGACAAGGGGGCGGUCGGACAGGAGGAAAGCAUGAUGGAAGAGGAGGGAGGAGAAGAGGGGAGUGCCACAGAAAAUGGAUCAAAAUGUUCCCAAGAGGAGGAGGCGUGGGGAGAGGAGGAAGAGCAGUGUGCGAAGGUGAAUGAUUACGAGCGACGGGGCUUUGAAGACGCCGCAGACGAGGAGGCCGAGGAAAAGUGUUCCGAGGCAGCAGCAGAAGAAGAGAGAGCAGGUAAUGAAGAUGAGGAAAUGGAGUUGAGCGGGGAGUUGGACAGAGGCAUACAAGUAGGACAGACGCAAAUAAAGUGUGAAGAUGACGACGACGACGACGACGAAGAUGAUGAAGAAGAUGCAAGCAGCAGCUUAGGGGCCUCUCGAUGAUUUUCCAGCUCCUUGUUGUUGGAGCCGUCUCACUGGCCUAGUGGCCCAAGACUACCAUUAUUGUUCUAACCAUUGCUGUGCCUCAGCUGUCCUCUUAAGUUGUUUUUUUUUCCCCUUGUUGAGUGAAAGGAUGUGCCAGUGAUGUUCGAGCGAAUCAAUGUGCCAGUGUUGUUUGAAAAGCAUUUGAUUGCAAACUUGCCAUAUCGGGCUAAACUUCUUGCAAUUCAACAGGCUCUCUUGGACUUUGUUGGACUUUUGGUUUUACAAAAAGAAAAAAGUAUGAUGUACCCUAACCUGUUAAUGUAGACAUUUAAACAUAAUACUUUGAUCAGUGUAUGGUAGAUUUUAUUUUGACGUUGUUAAGCCUGAAGGAUAAAAUGAAGAGAAAUUACCUUAAGUGAAAAAGGUAGAAAAGCCUUUAAUAUGCAGAAAUUUUUGUACCAUUUUUAUCUGUGUGCCACUCUUUUGUAAAAGCAGUGUUAUUUUUUAGGCAAGCCAGUUUAAGUAGCUUAUACUUCCAACACUACAUCAGUAUUCAGUUCAUGACAUGCACCGGCGUUAUUUUAUGUAGCCAGAUUUUGUGCAUUGUACAUUGUUAGUGCAAUUUCACAUUGUCGCCAUUACACUAAGUUUUCAAAUUAAACUCCCAAAUUAGUGGUUAUUUUUCUUAAACAAUGCUUCGAUAACUUUUCUAUUUAUGUUUCUUAAUUGUUGUUUUCAUCUCUGUAAUUUAUUUCAUACUUUAGAGUAAACUAGAUGGUUUUAUAAAUAGAUGCUAGAAUUUUAUGCAGUUCAUGGAGAAAAAAAUGUUUCACUCUUCUCCCCGUGAUAAUGUACUUGCCGUAACAUUUACAUGCAGUGUUAACCUCUGUUUUUUAAAUUGUUGUUUAUCUGCCCAACAGUAUUUCCCAGCUGCCCAACCCUUUUUAAUGACCUUACAUUUCAUCGCAGUUUGUUUACUGAUGCAGCCAAAUGGCUGACACUUGAAUUUGUAAUUUUAACUGUGGAAAUAAAUACCAGCCACAAAAGGCCCCCUUGUAGCACGUUACUUUUCCCCUCUAACCAUUCGGUCUGUGCUUUUACUCUCAGCUUGGGUUUCAGUUGCCAGGACAUCUUGGCAUAAUAAUAAUAAUAAUGUAUCAAGCCAAGGGUAAAGUCACUGCUUGCCUGCCCAAUGCACAGCCCGUUAGCGAUUAACCAAUCCCCAUCCCGCACCUCCUCCUCUGCUAAGCAUCACUUUGGUUGUGCCUUCUGUAUAUCAAUUGUUAUUUUUGUUCAUUUUUCCCAAGCCAAUGUGUCCUGUUGACCAAACCCCAUCUGCUGUCAAUUUUUUUUUCUUUGCUAAGUUUUGGAUGGGCCAGAAAUGUCUAUAUUUUGACUUGUUUCGGCAUCACCGUUAUACAGUAUUAACAUUUAUUUAAUUGACAAUAAACUUUCCGAAACACCUCUUCA